AUGGAAAAAGUAAGCAGGUUUGAAAUUUCACCCAUGGUUGCUCUUCUCAACAUGAUUAAGGUCAACUACUUUGGAAAAACAGAAGUUUACAAAGCACUGCUUGCAGUUCUUUGUGAUUAUGAUAGAAGAAAUCCACUUAUUAAAGAAAAGACAAAGCACUAUAUCCAGCUGUUACUUGCUGAUCAUCAGGAUCUGGCCAGAAGUCUAAUUACCUUCCUCCCUGGAGAGGAAAACGCUGAGAAUAUCCCUCUAGGCUUAAGUCCAAUCACUGAUACACCUGCAGUUACCCAUAAAAGACAUAAAAAGAACAGGCCUAAAGGUAAAAAGAAAAAUAAACCGAAGUCCAGGAAGUCCAACCUACUCAACGGAAUGCUAUUGGAGACCAUGCCUUCUGAUCUGGCUACACCUCCAAAACAUUUUGAUAAAAAGAUGAUCGACAUUACAGCUGGCACACCAAUAUUAGAUAUCAAAUCUGUAACUUCAGAAAUGUCUACCCCUUCCAUGAAAGAAUUAGUUUUACCUCAAUCAUCACUUCAAACUGAGGUUUACACAACACAAAACAUGAAAUAUAAAUGCUGUUCUGAGGUCAUUGAUUCUGAGAGAGUCCGGAGUAAAAGUCCAAUCUUUUCAAAUAGCAGCAGAAAGCCUGUGGUAUUUACUACAGCUGUUUAUAAUGAAAGCAAAUGUUAUGCUGCACCUUUUCCCAUAUAUGACAGUUGUGGUUUUCCUUUGAAGAACUUGUGUAGACCUGGCCAAAAGUUUUCUCCACUUGUAGGUCAUAAGCACACAUGUAGCAACGUUGCAGAUAUUGGAACACACCUGACAUUGAAAAGUAUUUCUCAGUCAGGUACAGCUGAAGCCAACUUAUCAGAAGUGCCAACUGUGACCUCUAUGAUUCCAGGUAUCAAGCCUGGCAAUAGCUGUCAUGGCCUACCCUUAUCAGUUCAACCAUACCUGGGUGCUUCAAGAAUGAUGCCUCUAUACAACCUUAGUAGAAACGGCUCACACACAAGUAAUCAGGCACCAUAUUCAGCAUCUUCUUAUGAACCAAACAUGAACUCUGGACUUGAAAGUUGGCCAUUAAGCAACUGCAAUUCAGUACCUCUGGUCCAGGGAACAGAGUCAACACCUCUUGGACCAAUAACUCUGCCAUAUAAAGCUUACACCAACAAUACUAAUCUUCACCAGAAUUUAAUCCAUAGGCCAGAGACUCUGGUGAUGGGACCCACUCCAACGGUUUACAAUCCAAUGCAAUGGCCAACAAGGUUCGAGCAAUUCACUACCAUGACAGUGGGUCGAACAUUCCAUCACAGCCCUGCAAGUUGCCUCAAGCCACCAUCUGUUGCCCAGCUACCCUGUUCUGCUAGUCAAACUUCCCAUACAGCACCUGUCCCACACUUGUACACAUUACCAAAAUCAUCAGCGCCAGUGUCGACUAUUUCAAGUUGGAUAGAACAAUCCAUAUCUCGUCAAGCCCUUGCCAAGAGUCCUUCACAAUACACUAUGGCCCAAAUGUCUCAUUCUGCUGGUAAAAAAACUUUCGUGGGAACAAAUACCAACAAUCUUUCAUCCUUUCCAUAUACCAAGCAGAUGAUUCUCCCAGAUGGUCAAACACAAAAUCUGUAUUUAAAGCCAUCAUCCAUCCAUGCAUCGGACAUAAAUACAGUACCUGAUGUUGAUGAUCAUCAGAAAGGCAUAGCAACAAUUUCAUAUAACCACAACAAAGAGGAAAAGAACAAUAACAACAUUUCUUUCCAAAAUGCAAGAGAUGUCACUAACUGUGUACCAGUUAAUGUAUCAGCAGGGUAUAGUACAAUGCUGCAGCAGGUAGGAGAUGCUACACAAAGUCUCCAGUCUUCAUUGCCCUUCUUUAUAACUGACCACCACCUGUCUAUUUAUCAACAUCCAGAUAAUAUUGUGGAUUCCUUUGGUGGUCGAGGUGAUGCAGAUAGCACUAAGCCAAGAAAAGUUACAAUGUCCACAAACUCAAGUGUACGAAAAAAACUGCGGUUAACACCAAAGUGUUCCAAACAUCAGGAGAAUGGAGUUUUGUUUGGUACUGAAUAG